UGCACGCUUGGUAUAUCUCCUGGCCGAGAGGCGUGAGCAAGCGGUGAUGGCUCGUGGUGCGCUCAGACUGAGCCUGCUGGCGACGGUGCUGACGAGCGCGGCCCUGGCGCUGAAGCCGUCCGACGAUUUCGAGACGGUGCGCACGAGCAACGCAGCCAUAUUGAACCGACUGGGCUUGGUGCCGCUGCCGAAUCCCGACGCCUCGGGGCACCAUCGAAAGCGCCUGGCACCCGGCGAGAGCAAUUUCGCCGCGCGCGUCCAUCAGCCGUCCUUCGGCAGGCGCCACAGCGCCAGCGGUCGCGACAGCCACGUCUACGUGGUGAAGCUACCGGCGAGUCCGCCGUACUACAGCUUCUCGAAGCCACACAAGGACAAGGAAAACGUGACCGUGGCGAAUCCCGACCCGGGCUUCAAGAACAACGGCAAGCCGGCCAAGAUCUACCACUGGAAUCUGCCUCUGGUGAAGAAAAUCAACGAGAAGAGGAAGCAGAUGGCGCUGCUGAAGAUCGAGCAGGCCAGGAAGAAAUUGGAGGCCGACAGGGAGAGGCAGAAGGUCGCGGAGAAGAUGAGCUUCUUGAAGAAGCUGGCCCAGGAGCAGCUGGUCGGCGAGAGCCAGCGGAAGCCGACGAGGAACAACGACAAGUGGCUGAGCGACCCGGAGAAGCUUGAAGCGAGGACCAAGUACAGCGACACUGCCACGCAGAUGAAAAUUCUGUCGCUGAAGAACGUCUCGUCGCCCAACAAGGUCUACCGGCUCGACGACGGCGAGCGUCGAAAUCAUCACUGGCACCAGAACAACCUGCCGGAAGGCGGGCGCUUGGAGGCGGCGGCGGCGGCGGCGGCGGCGGCGAGCCACCGGGCGAAGAAGCACAAGAAGAAGUCGGCCGGCGUGUCGUACUAUUACGCACCUGUCGGCAAGUCUGCCUCGACGAGUAUAAGCAAGCACUUUUCCGGGAACGGCAAGCCUAAAGCCUUCUACGUGAUGGAGAAGAGUAGGAAGCCUGCUUACUAUCAUCCGUUGAUGCCUUAAGCGGACGACUCUUGCUUUUUUUCCUUUUUGUACUCUUGAACGAGGUGACGCCGCUCGUGGAUAAUUCCACCUCCCCAUCCUCCUCCUCCUCCUCCUCCUCUUUUUUUGGUUAUUCAUCGCAA